ACUAAUAGGGAUGCCAAAGGAAAAAUAUGAUCCUCCAGAUCCUCGCAGAAUUUAUACCAUCAUGUCAGCAGAGGAGGUAGCCAAUGGGAAAAAAUCUCACUGGGCAGAAUUAGAAAUCUCGGGUAGAGUGCGGAGUUUAAGUACAUCACUUUGGUCAUUGACACACUUGACAGCGCUGCACCUAAAUGACAAUUACCUUAGUCGCAUUCCACCUGACAUUGCCAAGCUUCAUAAUCUGGUUUACCUGGAUCUGUCAUCCAAUAAACUCAGAAGUUUACCAGCAGAACUAGGAAACAUGGUAUCUCUCAGGGAAUUGCUUUUAAAUCACAAUAUGUUACGGGUUUUGCCUUAUGAACUUGGCCGGCUCUUCCAGCUGCAAACUCUAGGUUUGAAAGGCAAUCCUUUGUCACAGGAUAUUCUCAACUUAUACCAGGACCCAGAUGGAACCCGAAAGCUACUGAAUUUCAUGCUUGACAAUCUUGCAGUUCAUCCAGAGCAGCUUCCUCCGAGGCCAUGGAUUACAUUAAAAGAACGAGACCAAAUUCUGCCAUCAGCAUCAUUCACAGUUAUGUGUUACAAUGUGUUAUGUGAUAAAUACGCUACCCGGCAGCUAUAUGGCUAUUGCCCAUCCUGGGCAUUAAACUGGGAAUACAGGAAAAAGGGAAUUAUGGAAGAAAUUGUUAACUGUGACGCAGAUAUCAUUAGUCUUCAGGAAGUAGAAACAGAGCAAUACUUCACUCUCUUUCUGCCAGCAUUGAAGGAGCGUGGGUAUGAUGGAUUUUUUUCUCCAAAGUCACGUGCCAAAAUCAUGUCUGAGCAGGAGAGAAAACAUGUGGACGGUUGUGCAAUAUUCUUCAAAACAGAAAAAUUUACAUUGGUGCAGAAGCAUACAGUAGAAUUUAACCAGGUGGCAAUGGCUAAUUCAGAUGGAUCUGAAGCUAUGCUCAACAGAGUGAUGACAAAAGAUAACAUUGGUGUUGCUGUGGUAUUAGAGGUCCACAAAGAACUAUUUGGAGCAGGUGUGAAGCCUAUUCAUGCUGCAGAAAAACAGCUGCUUAUAGUGGCAAAUGCCCACAUGCAUUGGGACCCAGAGUAUUCUGAUGUGAAACUCAUCCAGACCAUGAUGUUUGUCUCAGAGGUUAAAAACAUUCUGGAAAAAGCCUCAAGUAGGCCUGGCAGCCCAACUGCAGAUCCUAAUUCCAUCCCGCUGGUGCUAUGUGCAGAUCUUAACUCAUUGCCAGAUUCAGGUGUUGUGGAAUAUUUAAGCAAUGGAGGAGUAGCUGACAACCAUAAAGACUUCAAGGAACUAAGGUACAAUGAGUGUCUUAUGAACUUCAGCUGCAAUGGAAAGAAUGGAAGCUCAGAAGGGAGAAUCACACAUGGCUUCCAACUUAAGAGCGCCUAUGAAAAUAACUUGAUGCCUUACACCAAUUACACUUUUGAUUUCAAAGGUGUGAUUGACUACAUUUUCUAUUCCAAGACUCAUAUGAACGUGCUUGGUGUCCUGGGGCCUUUAGAUCCUCAAUGGCUGGUUGAGAACAACAUCACUGGGUGUCCACACCCUCACAUCCCUUCAGACCACUUCUCACUGUUAACACAACUUGAACUCCACCCUCCAGUCCUGCCUCUUGUCAAUGGUGUUCACUUGCCUAAUCGGAGGUAGUGGAGUACUACCCCGCAAAGACGGGGACCUGUUGCUAUGGACCUGUACAGUUGUAAAUCAAAGUAUGUAGGAGUGAAGUAUGGCCAUCCUUAAGCUGCUUCUUCAGGUUCCUUUCAUUAUAUGUUUGCUAUAAGACUUUGUACAUUUAUGCAUACUGAUAUCAUUUGGCACUAGGGUUGGAACCAGAAUAGUAGUACUGUCUUUCCAAAAUUUUAAUUUAACAUGUUUUUAAAUUGUACUAAUUAUAUUCAUAAUUGUCAGUAUUCAUAAUUGAUAAAUCACCAAUUUGAAGCCCAAGAACAUUGUAUUUGCUUUCUUAAAACAUAUUUUUGUGAAUGGUUUCAGAUGAGCCAAUCGUUGUAUAAAAAGGAAAUUUUAAAAACUAUAAAUACAAGAUUUUAGAUUGAGGAAUGGCUUGCCUUGCAGGGAAAAAUUUCUGUUUUCCUUUAUGGUACUCUGGCUUUUGGCUCCCCAAGUCAUUUGCGCAUUAACAAAGCACUUAAAUUUUUUGAUCUGUACAUAAACUACAAUAUAGCCUCUAGGUAGAAGAAAACUUGGGAAAUUAAAGGUUGAUUGCACAGUAUGCCUUCAAAAUCAAGCAUUUAAUAGCUUGUGACAGUUUAUUGGAGAUUCAUUGGUUAUUUUGAGGAAUCACUCUUUUGUUCCCCUGUUUAGUAAUAUCUUUUUUAGAAUUAUUUUUAAGCCUGUCUCUCCAAUUCAUUUGUAGGGAAAUAGCAAGUAGUUUACUACCAUAUAUCUUGAAGACAGAAUUUGGUAUAUUUAAAAUCCUCACAAAAUUAGCAUCUGAUGUUUUUUUAUAUUCUUACCUAUGCUUUUCUCUCUGGUUAUACUGGAAAAAGAGAUACUAUAUGAUCUGUAUCAUUUUUUUCCAUUACAGUCAAAUGUUUAACAAUCUGCUGAAUAAGAAGCCCCGAUCAAAAUUUUAAAAGGGGAAAGCCAUACAAAUAUUUCACGUGUUUCCCUAAGUAAGUUAGGUGUCUGUUGGUUUUUCAGGUAACAGUGGAAAUGAUUUGAAGGAGUGAAAGAAUAGAUUUGGGAACAGUAGUUGAAAACCUUGGAUCAUUUUUCCUGACUCUAGUUGCCAAAUGGCUAUCAUAUGCUCUUAAUCUUUGUUUCAUUUUCUGUCAGGGUUGAAUUAAGCUACUGGUUUAUUAUCAACUGUUGAUGCCUUUAAAUAUUUUGGAAUUUUUCUUUUCUUUCUUUCUCUCCCCGCCCCCGUCUCUCUUUUUUUUUUUUUUUUUUUUUUUUGCCCAGGAGGGGCCAUUUGAAAAUUGGUGGCUCGAGAGGCAGUGAACAUAACACUGUUUUCUGGGGAAAAAAAUUGAUUGCCUACUUGAUGUUAAUUAUGGCACAGUAACAGGAAAAGGUUGUGUCUGUAUUUUUAAGUUUUUCUUUAUUCUGCUUUUUUGCUGCUAUAAGAAUUUUCUGAAAUUUAUAUUUUAAACUUUUCAUGCACUUUACUGUUUCUAGUCUCAAAAUGUGAUAUUUUUAAUAAACAAAUUUUCCAUUAUGUGAAUGAAAUUUUAAAAGAAAAUAGCCUAUAUUUGUGUCUCGCUAAUAUAUAAAGUAUGUCAAAUUUAAAUUAUUUAAUUAGUUUUAAAUAUAUACAAUUUGUCCUCUUUCAAACAUGACAUGUUAGGUUGUUUUUUAGUCUUAAAUGAUGCAUUUCCUUUGGUCAUUUCAUACUAAUUUCUUGCAUAAAUCAUUCAGGCUAUUUAUGACAAUAUUUCCCUAAAGGGUAAUUUUAGUGGGAGGAGGGUGGUGGGGUGAUGUAAAAAAUAACAUGUAUGAGAUUGUAUCAGAAGGGUUCUGUAAAGCCUAAACCCCCUUUUAAAAGUGCCUAGUGAUAGAGGCGUUGUUUGUCAUCUGUUAUAAUUGGAAUGUCAUUGUAGUUCAGUGAAGUUUGAUGUAAAUAAAAUAUUCUUUUAAAUAUCUUAAAAGUAUCAGAAUAAAUAAACAAAAAACAACCCUUAAAACAACAGAUUUUCCUCCAUGUGCAGGUACCCCUCCUUAUAUACCUCAAGCAUCCAACAUCUAGCCAUGCAAAUUGAAGCAUAGUACUGGAAAGUAGAAUAGCAUGAAAAACUUAAUUUUGUGGACAUUACCUUUUUUGUAAUCAGCUACUGUAUGUUUUAUUUUGGGUCUUUUAUUUUGGGUGGGUUUCUGCUGGGAGGUAUAUGCACUAACAAAACAUUUUCCUCCUGUCAUAUGUGCAUGUUAAUUAGCAAUGUGAGCAAUAUUUCCUACCAUACUUCACUCCCAAUAUUUUUGAGAUGUUUGUAUAAAAUGGAAUUUAAAGUUCACUUAUGAUUGUAUAUGAACCACAGAGGAGCCCAUUUAUUAAUAAAAAACUUUUUUAAUAGUUAAAUGUAGAGGGAAAAAUAAAAAAAAUUGGGAAACAUUGUAAACAGCUUAAGUUUAUUUUGUGUAUGAUUGAGGCACUCUGUUGCAGGAAGGUGUGUAAUUGGGUUUUCUCUGCUUUCAAAUGCACUCUUUCAAACCAGUCAUUAUCCUGUGUACUUUUAAUGUGGUUCUAGUGAAUGUUGGUAGUAAUUUUGUUGAAGUAAGUGUGUUAUGUCUUGGGUGACGCACACACUUGGGGCAUGGUAACCCAAAUUUCAUGUGCACGGUUUCCCUUUAGCCCACACUGCCCAAAUUUCAUGCACCCUUCACCCUCUGUUCCCUUUGUAAAAGGAGUGGUAUCUGUUUUGGGCUGCCAGUUCAGAUGAUCAGAAGUGCUGCUGUCCCCAGCAUUGUCUUGUUAAAAUGCAUGCCAUUUGGAACUUUGGCAGCAAGAAGCCAAAGGAAGAGGUGAAUGAUAUACAGUAAAUAUUCAACAAAAGUAAAAUAUCUAUGCUCAUCUGUUUUCUACUUUUUAGUUCUCAGAAUAAGUUAAGCUUUAUGACAUUGGGCUGCUGCAUAUUUUAUGUGAACAUAAGAGAAAAUUGGGCAUUUUUAGAUUGUGAUUUAAAACAAACAUGAUUUCUGAUAUUUAAGAAUUGGAGUGUUCUUUAAAUUUAUUAAAACAGUGUUUGAGGAAGGGAAAAUUUCGCUGUUUGCCAUUAUCACUCAUACAAGUGCAUGUGAAGUCAUCCACUCCGGCAUCAGUAUCUGCCUCAUAGCUUUACAUAUUUUAAUGGGGAAUAUUGCAGCAUCCUCAGGACUGACGUCUGAAAAAGGCUCAAAUCCACUUACUGCUCCUUGCUUGUUGACUUUGUUUUAAAAUAUUGUGCCUGGUGUCAACUUUUAAGCAACAGCACUGCCUAAAAGCAAGCAGAGAACAGAAUCCCAGCACCAUUCUAUAGGCAACUUUUUAGAAUUCAGAUAUAGUAAAUCUGUUGAAGAUUUAUGAUGUUUUAUGUAAAAAAAUUUUGUACAACAUAGCUAAAUAUUUUUGUUUCAUUUCUUUAGUGUAAGGUGUGUGAACCUUCAUUUGAAUAUCACAUGUUGAAGUCAGGUAUGGCACAAUGGGUUCUGAGACCAGCUUUCCCCCCUCCCAUUUGCCUUUUCCAAGCUCUUUCUUUUCAAAUUACUUUUCUGAUAUUCAUAGACAGAUAUUUAAUUUUACUAAUAAGCAUCCUGUGUGAAUGUAUUUAAAAAGCCACCGUGUUUUAGUGUUAUAGUUUGCAGAAAAUAUAAAGCUGUUUCUUAUUUGCUCCUUUUUUUGAUGUCUUAAAAGUUAUAUUAUUAAAUUACAAAGAUGAAAAGGAGAAAGUUGAAAGAUAUCUAAGACUCAUAUCACUUGAUUCUAUGACAGAUUAGAGUGGAGGUUGUGACAUUAAAAUUGGAACAUGGGCAAACAUACUGUGUUUUGCCUCCUAAGUACGUAUUGUUAAAUGGGUGAAAAUUUGUAUUUGCAUUUCCAAAAAUGUCUAAAAAUCACUAAUGCCAUCUAUACUUCCAAUAUGAAAUAGCAAGAAGAAAGCACAAGGAGAAAAAAGUUAAACAUGUUCUUUGAAGGAACCAAUGGUACAGUAUAUGGUUUGUCAUUCCUAAUACAAUUUUCUAGUAUUAAAAAUUGACUGUGUCCCAAUACUUAUUUGAUUCUAAGCUUUAUAUUCUGUUUGAUAUAUUUGAAUAACUUUGCAAAAUAUGCUGACUGAUCAGUAGCUACAAUCACAGAAAAACAUGAACAGUUUUUGCUACAGUAAUGAUUUUAUAACAAAGGCUUUAUGGUAUGUUUCAGAAUGAGUCAUGCAUCUAUUUUGACAGAAAUGUGAAUUUUCACAUCUGUAAGGUUUUCUCUUUUCUCCUACCUGCCUUCCUCUCUUAAAAACAUCUUUCUUAUGUGUCGAGAUUUGUUUACCUCCUUUCCUUUUGAAUUACAUGACAUUUUUAUAACUCUGUGAAAUAUAAGUAGCAAAUUAACUAGAAAAGUUAAUUAUUUUUCUAAGGCAGGAACUUCAACUAAGUUCUGAAUGUGUAAACAGGUGGGAGCUUUUAUGCUUGCAUUGGUUGAUUGUAAUUUUGUAAUGCCAUCAUGAUCACCAAAUUCAAAUUUAAAAAUAAGCAAAUUAUUAUGUCUUUUAACCUGGUUCACUGACCAAAGUUGUAAUCUGUUUAAGAAUAGGAUUCCCAGGGCAUUUUUUCAUAAUUGUCACCUAAAAGCUAAGGGUAAAAAGAAAGCCCUUACAUCAAUUACUACAGGAUGUUCUGAACAAGAGCCACAGAAAGAAGAAAGCAAAACAAAACAAAAACCACAAUGGUUUUCAAGAAGGAGGUAAGGAAGAGCAUGCAUAUUUCUUGUUUUAACCAAAUACCUUCUUUAUGCAAAAUUUCUGUUAAAAGUCCUGCAGGAAGAAAUAGGGAAAUAACAAGAAAUAUAUUUUGGUAUAAGUUUGGUUAGACUUGAAUUAUUCUUAGACCAAAGGAAAAUAAGCAUGUUAAGAUUUUCAUUCAUCAACCAUGACAUUGAAGUAAUAGAGUAUUUUAAGUAAAAGUGUUUUUGCUUUCAAGGCAUGAAUUAAGGACAUGUCUAUUAAAUGUUAAUUUUUAUGGCACAUCAUACAAACCGAGUAGUUUUCUGAAAUUAGAAGUAUAAUCAGAUGUAAAUCACAUUAGGUUAAGGUCAUGCAAACACCAAAUGAUAUGACUCUUGGCAUAGUAGUGUGGUACAUUUGGCUUUCAGACUCUAGAAGGCAUAAUUUGGCUUUUACUACUAGUUAAUCUUUUAUAACAAUUUCCGUUAUAAUUUGUUUCUGUGUCUGUUACUUUUAACUGUAAAGCAUAAGAAUCAUAGUAAUCUUUUCAGAAGUGGUCCUUUCUUGCUCAUUUCAGUUUUGUGUUAAUUUUAAAUUAGUGAUAUUUUCUUUGAAGCUACUAGUAUAUGUACCAUAUUUGUUUAAUUUGCCUGUAAUUAUCUGAACUCACAAAAUUGGCUCAGCAUUGAUGUGUCAUUGACUGCUUCUUACUCAACAGGCUUAGUAACCUGCUACUUGUUUCAGUCUUGAUGCAGUGUGAUUGAUACAGUAUCUUGGUUAAUAUUUAUUCAGAAACUAUAUUGUCCUUUCUCUGUGCUUGACUUGCUAAAAAUAUAUUCCAUUACCUGUGAAAUUCCUGAGCGGUGCUCUGCCAACUUUUAGGGUGGGGUGGUUUAGAUGGCUGUGUUACAGCACUCUGGAUCUGGAAUUGUUCAGUGUUGUGAGUGGUGAGUGGCAAAUUUCUUAAACACCAGCAGCACUGAGAAGUGCACUGUGGGCAUUUGGUACAGUUGUCUAAGCGCAAACAAUUCUUUCAUCAAAGAGAAGCUGAGUUACAGAGUUCAGUAGGAGUAUUUGCAGUAUUUCAAUAAAGGCAAACAUUUCAACUUUUUUACCUCUGAAGUGGGGUAAUAUAGAGGGUCCCCCCUUUAAGAGAAUGUACUUAUGUUUUCUCUUUUAAAGGGCCCAGGUGUUUGGUCAAAUUCACUAUGGAGUAAUUUAAAUCUUUUGUUGUGAUUUCUUUCAACCAAAUAGUAAGUGCCAACUAAUUUUCCAUGUGGCUGUCUAUACUUCUUUCUACACACUUUACCAUUUGAGCAGGGAAGAGUCCAUUUAUUUUCAUUACCUGGCAUUAAAUUAGCUAAUUCAUUGUUUUGCAUACAUUUUAUUCAUUCUAUAGCCUAUAAAAUGUUUUUGUAACUAAUUCUAAUGGUCAGAAAGCAAAGCACAUGAUUUUAAAAUUGAGCAAGGUAUUUAGUACUUUUUCACCUGAACACUUUUGAUCGUUUCUGUUAAUGCUAUUCCAAAACAAAUUGUUUUAGAAGACCUUGAUUUUGUCUGAAGAAAAGCCAAACACUAAAUCAAUUUGUUAUUAUGUUCUAAUAAUUAGUUUAAGAUCUAACAUUUUUUAACAAUUAGAUGAUUUAAUAACGUGCCAUGUAAUUGUUGCUUGCUAGUGUUUAAUGUUUAAUAGACUGGUUCUGUAGUGUUUUAAACAUUUAGCACUGUCUGUCAUCCUUGGAGAGUGGGUCUAUUCUUAUUGAACACAUUCUCUGUGACAAAAUCACCAGCUGCUUUAUUUUUCUAUUAAACAAUAAUGAGUCUGAAUCUUGACCAAAAUGCUCAGCUGAGAUGUUUUUCACAAUAGACACUGUACAAAAUGUGUGUGUAAAAGGACAGUUGGGUGGUAGCAUCUUUUCAUUAAUGUGAACAUUGACUAAACAAAGCAGUCCUGCCUUUUAUAUCUUGUGGCAGCUCAGAAGGGAGGUGCUUAAGAACCUUAACUGCUGUCAGAUGACAAAAUAACUUUUUUCCAUUUCGGAGAUUGGGUACUGCUCACACAUGAUGUAUAGGGCUAAAUAUAUGCUUGUUUCCUUGCACUUGUGUAUUUCUCCUUUUCUCCUUCCCUCUCCUUCCCUGUAGGCAAUAAAUGGCCAUUUUGCAACUGCAUACUUUUGUC